AUGGUUUCGCUUGGAAUAAGAAAUUUCACAGACAGAAUCGGUGAUGGUGCUGGAGAACCACUUUUAGAUGUUGAGAAUGGUGAAGAAUUGAUGCAUAUCCAACCCUUAGUAGCCAUUGUUCUUGCAAAUCGACCUCCUGAAUCUCCUGGAACUCUUUACAUAACCACCAAACGAAUUAUUUGGUUGAGUGAUGUAGAGAGGGAAUUGGGUUAUGUAGUUGAUUUCCUAUCAAUUUCUGUACAUGCUGUUUCUACAGACCCUGAGGCUUACGCAUUGCCUUGUAUUUAUGCUCAGGUUGAGACUUUAACAACUGGACAAGAGCAGUCAGAUUCAGAUAGUAUUCAGUCAUUAGACUUAUCUGAGAUUGAAGAAAUGAGGCUCAUUCCUUCGGAUCCUACCAGUGUAUCCUUCAUCAAUAAAAAUUUACAAUUGAAAUUCUAUUAG